AUGUCUGCAUUCCUCACCCAUCGCAUCACUCAAUCUCAACCCGGCGUAACAGCCGAAGAGGGACGCUUCAACGAGGCUGCCGACAAUUGCUCGUUCUUCUCUCCCAAGCAAGACCCUCGCCCAGGCAGUGCUGUUGACCCCCAGCCUUCCGGAGAGCCUAUUCCCAAGCUUUUCACCCCCUUGAAAAUUCGAGGUGCCACCCUCCAGAAUCGCAUAUGGGUCAGUCCCAUGUGCCAGUACAGUGCUCAUGAGGGCUUCCACACCCCUUGGCACAUUACUCACUACGGAGGUAUGGCCCAGCGCGGACCUGGCCUCAUGAUGGUCGAAGCUACAGCCGUGCAGGCCAACGGCCGCAUCACACCGGAAGACUCUGGCAUCUGGCUCGACGCCCAUGUUGAGACUCUGAAGAAACACGUCGAGUUCGCUCACAGCCAAAACCAGCUCAUCGCCAUUCAAUUGGCGCACGCCGGGAGGAAAGCAUCAACUCUUGCUCCCUGGUUGGGCUUCGAGACACUUGCUGGUCAAGAAGCUGGAGGCUGGCCUCAAGAUGUGGUCGGCCCGAGUGAUCUUGCCUGGUCCGACAAGCAUUCCACUCCCCGGGAGAUGACUAUGGCCGAGAUAGACCAACUGAAGCAAGAUUUUGUCAAGGGUGCCUACCGCUCUCUUCAUGCCGGCUUCGAUGUGAUUGAGCUUCAUUUUGCGCAUGGCUAUCUCAUCUCCAGCUUCCUCUCUCCAGCGAGCAACAAGCGCACAGAUCAAUACGGCGGUUCGUUUGAGAACCGCACUCGUCUCGCCGUCGAGCUCGUCGAUGCUGUUCGCGAGGUCAUUCCCGAGGACAUGCCACUCUUUGUUCGAAUCAGUGCAACCGACUGGCUUGAUACCAACCCCGAGUGGGACGGCCCAAGCUGGACCGUCGACGAGAGUGUGAAGCUGGCUCAAAUUCUGGCGGAUCACGGGGUAGAUGUGCUCGAUGUGUCCACUGGCGGCAAUCAUUCUCAACAGAAGAUUGUUGCCAGCGCUGGCUUCCAAGCACCCAUGACCAAGAAGAUCAAAGCGGCUGUUGGAGAUAAGAUGCUUGUUAGCGCUGUAGGUAUUGUCAAGGACGGAAACCUCGCCGAGAAGCUGAUAACGGGUUCUGAUGAGGAAGGGGACACUCCGUUGGACUUGAUUGCUGCCGGUCGAGGUUUCCAAAAGAACCCAGGUCUUGUGUGGCAAUGGGCUGAUGACUUGGGUGUUGACAUCCAUGUUGCAAAGCAGAUUGGAUGGGGUUUCAAGGGAAGAGUCAAGAAAGUGCCGAAGAAGCCUGAGAUGCUCCCGUAUGAGGACUAA